AUGGGGACUGUAGGACUCCAGUCCACAUUAUGGCUCAUCUACGUGACGCUGCUGGUUGGCUCACUCACUCAGACUGUUAAUGCAUCUCACAUUGGCCAAGUGUGCACAACUUGGGGACACUACCACUGGAAGACCUUUGAUGGAAAUUUCUUCCAGCUGCCCUCCACCUGCAACCAUGUCGUGACCUCGCAGUGCGAGAGCAGCUACGAAAAUUUCAAUGUCCAGAUGAGGCGCAAGAUGGUCAACAAAACCCCCACCAUCAGCAAUAUCCUCAUGCAGCUGGAAGGUUUUGUGGUGGAGCUUUCCAACAAUUCAGUGAUUGUCAAUGGCAAGACGGUGUCUCUGCCUCAUUUCACAUUUGGGGUGACUGUGAAAAGAACCACAUCUAGUAUCACUGUGGAAGCCAAGCUGGGAAUUACGGUUAUCUGGAACCUGGAUGACUCACUCGAUAUUGAAAUAGAUAACAAAUACCAGAACCAGCUAUGUGGACUCUGUGGAAACUUUGAUGGAAACUCCAAUGAUUUAACAAAAGACGGUAAGAUACUUUUCAGCACCGUGUACAGUGUAAAUGGAGCUCCACUGUCUGUGACAGACUAUGCUGAGGCCUUCAAGGUGAAUGGGCCGACAGAGAGCUGCGACGAGACUGAGCUUAGCACACUCGUUAGCUGUGGCGAUAAGCAAUUAUGUUACCAGAUCUUCUCCAGUGAUCCAUUCAGCAGUUGUCAAAACCUUCUGGAUGUGGAAUCCUUCAGUAAAGCCUGUAUGAUUGAUAUGUGCAACUCUAAUGACAGCUCUAAUUCCGUCCUCUGCAAAACCAUCUCAGAGUUCUCCAGACAGUGUGUCCAUGCAGGCGGAAUGCCCCAAAAAUGGAGGAAUGAAACUUUUUGCUACAAGAGCUGUCCAUACAAUAUGGAGUUCUUAGAGUGUAGCAGUCCAUGUCCUGACAGCUGUUCCACCCCUCAGGCCAGUCAGACAUGUGACGUCCACUGCCAUGAUGGCUGCAGCUGCCCUGCCGGAACUGUCUUUGAUGACAUCAGUAACACUGGCUGCAUUGCAGUGAAACAGUGUCCAUGUUUACACAACAACGUAGUCUAUAAAUCAGGAGAGUCCUACUCUUACAACUGUAGAUCCUGUGUGUGUGAUAGUGGUCAGUGGAAAUGCACAGAGGAGAACUGUCCAGGAACCUGCUCUGUGGAGGGAGGAGCUCAUGUCAACACCUUUGAUGGAAAAAUCUACACCUUCCACGGAGACUGCUCCUACGUUCUGGCUCAGGACAGUGAAAAUCGUUACACUGUGCUGGUAGACCUGGUCAAGUGUGGUCUAGCUGACCGAAGAACCUGCCUCAGAGCUGUAACUCUGGCCAUAAAUAACAAUUAUGAGGUGCUUAAAAUCCAGUCAUCUGGGACAGUCUUUGUGGGUAAUGUUGAAUCUCGGCUUCCACUGUUUAAAACGGACCUGAGUGCCUUCAUGCCAUCAUCCUUCUACAUUCUCAUAAACACCAAUGUGGGCUUAAAAGUGAUGGUCCAGCUUUCCCCCAUGAUGCAGGUCUUCAUCACAGCUGACCCUUCCCUCAAUGGAACCACCUCUGGUUUGUGUGGGAACUUCAACAACAUAAUGAGUGAUGACUUUAGGGUGAUCAGUGGGCUGGUGGAGGGCACUGCUGCAAUGUUCGCCAACAAAUGGAAAACCACAGCUAACUGCCCUGACAUCACAACGCGCUUUGGACACCCCUGCAGCCAGAACUUCAACAAGGAGGAUUAUGCCCAGUACUGGUGUUCCAAACUAACAGAUCCCCAGGAAGUGUUUGCUCCUUGCCACGCUGUCAUUAGCCCCAACACAUACAAAGAUAACUGCAUGUAUGACACCUGUAACUGUGAGAAAAGUGAGGAGUGCAUGUGUGCUGCUGUCUCCGCAUAUGUCUAUGCCUGUUCAGCAGCAGGUAUCCACAUCACUGGCUGGAGAAACACCAUCUGUGGCAAAUUCAGUACAUCAUGCCCAGCAGAAAUGGUGUAUGACUACAACAUGACCUGCUGCGAUCGAACCUGCCGUUCCCUCAGCCAGACUGACUACUCUUGCCAGGUCAGCUUCACCACGGUGGACGGCUGUGGCUGUGCAGAGGGAACCUACAUGAAUGACGAAGGGAAGUGUGUGACCAGUACAAGCUGUCCCUGCUAUGAUAAAGACACCAUUAUUAAAGCUGGAGAGGCUUACGGCAAAGAUGGCACCACAUGUAUCUGCAGACAUGGAGUUCUCAGCUGUCCAGGACUCACACAACUGCAGUCCUCACCAACAUGCGUUGCCCCUAUGGUUUAUUUUGACUGCUCCACUGCUCCACCUGGGACUACUGGGGCUGAGUGUCAGAAGAGCUGCGGCAAUCUGGACAUGCCUUCAUGUAUAAGCACAAGCUGUACAUCAGGCUGCAUGUGUCCUGAGGGUCUGGUGUCAGAUGGAUUAGGAGGUUGUAUCAACGAGACAAGCUGUCCCUGCGUGCACAAUGGACAGGUCUACAAGCCUGGACAGACACUGACUGUGGACUGCAACACCUGUUACUGCAGUGAAAGGAAGUUCAUAUGUACCGACAAUGUGUGUGAUUCAGUUUGUGGUAUCUAUGGCGAUGGCCACUACAUCACAUUUGAUGAUAAGAGGUUUGACUUCAAUGGACAGUGUGAAUACACACUCCUACAGGACUACUGUGGCAGCAAUCAGAGCCAUGGCAGCUUCAGAAUCAUCACUGAGAACGUCCAAUGUGGAACAACAGGAACCACCUGCUCCAAGACUGUCAAGAUCUUCCUGGAGGAAAAUGAAUUCCUACUUAAAGAAGAGAACUUCCACGUGAUUAAGGGUAGCAGCCAGGUGUUUCCUGCUCAGGUUCACAAGAUGGGUCUUUACCUAGUGGUGGUGAUCAAGCCGGGACUUGUGAUCAUGUGGGACCAGAAGACAAGUCUUUUCAUUAAACUCGGCCCACAGUUCCAGAGUCAAGUCUGUGGUCUGUGUGGAAACUAUGACGGCAACAGUAAAAACGACUUCACCACACGUUCCCAAGAGUUGGUGGCAGAUGUUCUAGAAUUUGGUAACAGUUGGAGGAUUUCAUCUGGCUGCCCAAACGCUGAACUAAUCACUGAUCCCUGUGCCUCCAACCGCUACCGGGCAGCCUGGGCCCAGAAACAGUGUAGCAUCAUCACCAGUGUCACGUUUCAGAGCUGUCAUUCACAGGUUGAUCCUGGUCCAUACUUUGAUUCUUGUGUAAGAGACUCUUGUGCUUGUGACACUGGUGGAGACUGUGAGUGUGUCUGUACUGCAGUGGCUGCAUAUGCCAAAGCUUGUAAUGAAGGCGGGGUCUGCAUUAAAUGGAGAACUCCAAAGCUGUGCCCUAUUUUCUGUGACUACUAUAACUCCCCUGGUGACUGUGAGUGGCACUACAGACCUUGUGGAGCUGACUGCAUGAAGACAUGUAGGAAUCCGUCAGGAAACUGUUCCAACCUCAUCACUGCUGUGGAAGGCUGCUAUCCACAAUGUCCCCCAGCCCAGCCCUACUUUGAUGAAGACACCAUGACGUGUGUUGCCUGGGACAACUGUGGCUGCUAUGAUGACAAAGGCACCCAUUACAGCAUUGGUGACAAGGUUGCAUCAGAAAACUGUUACAUUUGGUAUGUCUCGUUCAAGGGAUUUAUCUUCACACUAAGGGCUUAG